AAAUCAAUGUGACUUGUCGUAGCCGACUUGUGUUGCAAAAAUUACCUUAUUUGCCUCAAUAAGUUAAUAAAAGAAAGAAACUUUUCUUUUUAAAAGCAAAGAUAAUGUUCCUCUGUCUAAACAUUAAUCAUUUUCUAUUUCAAUAACUCAAGGACUCGUGAUGUUGCUCAAGAAAAAUUUUUUCUUUCAAAGUUUUGGAACCUUCUGCAAAGUGGUGCUCAAACAGCAGUCAUUUUGCAAAUACAGAUGUCAUUUUUACAGAGCAAAUAAAUCUGCCGAGUUUCUAAGAGGAGCAUCUGCCUACCAUGAGCAGAUUCGAAACUUCAAUUGUCCCACAAAUGGACUAAAGGUACCUAAAAAAGAAUUGCAGCCUACUAAAAAAGAACUAGCUCCUAGGGAGCAAUAUUUUAGAGAACUUCAAAUUAAAGACAAGGCCACUUUUCUGAAGGUCAUCAAUGCGUACAAUGAAAAAGAUAAAAUUAAAAGAGGACAUAUAGAAUUUAUUUAUGCUGCAUUGAAGUACAUACAAGACUCUGGUUUUGAAGCAGAUUUAGAAAUUUAUAAAAAACUCAUGGAUGUUUUUCCAAAAGGGAAGAUGAUUCCCAAGAAUUUGAUCCAAGCCGAGUUUUUCCACUUUCCACGACAUCAGGAGUGUGCUCUUUAUACAAUGGACUUGAUGGAAUAUAGUGGAAUUUGUCCUGAUAAAGAGAUGGGUGAAAUCAUCCGUGCUUCAUUUGGAAGGAGUUCUCAUGUGUACAAGAAGUAUGCUAGAAUGCUGUAUUGGAUGCCAAAGCUAAAAAAUAUCAAUCCCUACCAGAUGCCAGACCCCAUGCCUUCCGAUGUCCGGGAAUUAGCCAGGUUGGCCUUGAAGAAAAUGUCUGUUGAUAAACGCACAACUAUUGUGGAGUAUGAUGCUAAUAAACUAGAAGAGUCUAUUGACAAAACAUGGAUCAUGAGUGCGCAGAGCCCAGUGCAGCAAAAGCUUAUUGAAGAACAUUCAGAAGAAAAAGCUUUAUAUAUUGAGGGGCCAUUUUUGGUCUGGUUGCGGAAACUUUCCAUGACUUACUUUGUGCUGCGGGCAGAUUCCAAGAUCUAUCCAGACUUUGAGCAGGACGAUGAUGAUGUUUCCAACCUUUCUCUCUACAUGUUUGGGGAGCCUAAACCUGAGGCACUUGUUCUGGGACCCUCUUCCGUUCACGAACAAGAGGACGGCAUCAUCAUGGGCAUGUGUUGCACUGGUACUUCGAGCAAAGACUCCCUCCUGUCUUGGGUACGUUUUCUUCAGGAAUCCAAUCCCAAGUUAGAUACCAUUCCUAUUUUGUUCAAACUAAAAUCCUCACCAUCUUCUUUGGUGGCUAUUAAUAUCGGUGAGACAUCUGCUGCGGAGGUUGAAGAAACAACUUCACAGUCUUGAUAGUGAAAUUUAUUUAUUUCCAUUGACUUAUGAUUGCAAUCUGUAAUUUAGUAAAUAAAAUAACU